AUGACUCGACAAUUCUUAGAAGAGUUGUAUGAAGUCGGCGAUCCAAAAGUAGAUUUGCUUGGAGAACCAUUUGGCAAACUUGACUACUAUGUUUUCGAUCCUAUGAAAAUAAUAAAGCUUGUUAUAUUUUUCCUACUCUUUGCAAGACUGUUCAAACCUCAACCUCCUUCACCAAAACCUCUUCCUUGCUUUAUGUUUCAAGAUACCUCUCCCGAUUAUGUUUAUGGCAAGAUUACAAGGGUGACUUCCAAUAUUGGUAGUCUUGGAGAGUAUUGCCAAAUGAUGAUGAAGCAAAUGUUAGUGGAUGAUUUCAUUGGCGGCCUCUAUAGAGAAUUUCUUGCUAUGAGGCAAUGUCAGGUUGAAGAGUGA